AUGAAGAAGCAGACUAUUCCACCUGCGGCUCCUCACGAACUGCGCGUUGCCGGAACAACAAGCACGGAAACGAAUGAAAGGAACGAACCCAAUAUUGAAAGGAAAAAUCUCCCCUCCCCAUAUCGAAAAGGUUUGUUUCCGAAAAUUUGUGUUGCUGAUUUGAGACCACAAAUCAUGUCUGUCUUGCAAGAAGACCAGUGCAGCCGGUUCCGCGCCAUUAUGGAAGUGAUUUGGCAUGCUGUUGGGCCUAGGGGACAGCCGUUUGCAAUGCUGAACAACAAGACCCAAACGCCCCCGCCUAGGCUGCGGAUCUGGCUGCGAAGCCUUACUGCAAGACUGCGCGCAUUUGUGUGCAGAAAUCCAGCAUCAGAAACUUCGUCUCGAUAUGGGGAGGGGGGAUUUUUCCGUACGAUACCCAACAAAAAACGUCUACCCGGUGUGGCCUACUUGCUGCUGACGGGCGACGGGGAAGCCUUUGACCAAGCGGCCCUGUGGCGGCAGUACUUCCGAACGUGUGACCCCACCCGUGCCACGGCCAAUCUGUACGUGCACACCUACAAAAAAACGUUUGACCCCGAAACCCUGACGGUGAGCGGCGCUGUGGAUGAGAAGGCAAAAGCCUGGAAAAACCUGUUCGACACCGAACCGGGGCUCGGGUCGGUCCACUUUGUUCCCCGCAUCCACACCGCGUGGGGCGAGCUGGUGCCGGUCAUGUGGUGGCUGGUUGUGAAUGCAUUGCAAGAGGACCACGGCGGCGGUAAAAACGAACAGUUUGUCUUUCUCAGCGAGGGACACGUACCACUGAAAAACUGCACAUUCGUGCACGAGGUAUCGCAAGAAAAAACUGUUUCACUGUGAACUUGUGAUGCAGAGAUGAACGAAGCACCAAGGUGUUUGUCUUGCUACACCUGCAUAGAGCAUUGGAGUUCCAGCCGUGUUUUCCCCUAUGGGAAAUGCGCGCAUGGCAAGUUUUCCGCGCCAUGUGUAGCAAACUUGUGAUGCAGAUAUUGCACAAUCAUCACAGUGAAACAGUUUUUCGUGGGAUACGAGGAAUUGCUGGAACAACGAGAAAAAAAAGCGGCAUUCGGCCUGAAAAAACAAAAGCAAGAGCAGGAACUGCAAGCGCAAUCAGGAUCAGCUUUGCAGUAUCCUGAGUAAAAAUGUCCCCACACCAGAGUCAAGAUUGGAAAUCCGCUAGACAAAUCAGCCACCUCUGGUUGUUUCGCAUGACAAGCUCCUUAUCCUCGUAGUGUAAUCCUGUUUAGCUAGUUGCGAAGCGUCACAGAUGUAGAAUAUCAUGCUGAGUCUAGCAUCACAAAUUCCAAAACAGGAUUAGAAAAUGGCUCUCAUGGUUCUCCGCAUGAGAAACUUUUUUGGCAUGCACAUUUGCAGGACAACUCUGGGGUGGGGACAUUUUUACUCAGGAUAUGCAGCAAGCGUCGAAAAGCGGGUUCCUGGAAGCGGACCAGCACGGCCCGGGCCGCGGGGGGGAGACGUUGGCCAAAAAUUCAUCUUCCGCGUCCGCAACCGGAACCGGAACUGGACCCGUAUGCAUUGCAAAAGUAUCGUACUCGUAGUAAUUGCAGUCCUGCAUGGCAAAUCUGAUUGUGAUUCCAUAGCUCAUUCACCAUUACAAAUACCAUUUUUCCUUCUGGAAAAAUUUGUAAUGCUAUUUAAACUAUAACUAGUACGAUACUUCUUGUGCAAUGCAUAACCCGCCCGUAAUGACGAUGUUGAUCUGAAGGAAGUUGACGAGGAACCGCAGGUAUCAAAUGCAAAAACGUCUGGGUCUGGAAGAUUCUGAGACUUGUCAUGCAUGUUUUGCAUGACCCAGGAUUGUGUGUGAUGCAUGCCCUACCAUCACAGACUUUUGGAGCCCUUCCUGAUGCCUACUGCGCAUGACAAACGCGCUCCCCGCGUAGCACGAACUAGACUCCUCUUGCUGGUCAUGCAAUACAGAAUUUUUUAGAGUCCAGAGUUAGCAUCACAAGUUCCAACCUUCCAGACCCAGACACUUUUGCAUUUGAUAACAGGUCGAAGAAGUUUCAAGGACCAGCAGCAAAGUGUGCAUGGUGCCCGAGCAAGCGGUUGAGACGAUGGAUCCCGGCACGGAGAGUGGCUGCAUAUUUGUGCAGUCGCUCGAGUUAUCAAAUGUAAAAAUGUCUGGGUCUGGAAGAAUGCGCGAUUUGUCAUGCAGCUUUUCCAUGACCCAUGAGGUCUGGAAUGCAGGACCUAGGAUGACAGAUUCUUUGCGAUCUCUCUCAUGCCUAUCCUGCAUGACAAACUCCCUCCCGACUUGGUCAAAACUGGACGACUUUUGAGAAUCAUGCAACACAGCUUUUUGCAUGCUUGAGAUUUAGCAUGACAAGUUGCAAUCUUCCAGACCCAGACAUUUUUACAUUUGAUACGAGUCCCAAGUGCCGCGCCAUCACCAGUGGGGCACGUUGUCGCGCCCGGACGCGGAACUUUUCAAGAAGUACAUCUUGCUGGGCUUAAACCUGUACUUCGCAAACUUGGUGCAUCAAAAGGUAUUACAAAUCAUGCAUACUUGCAUUGCCUUGGCAUAGGAAGUAUUUUGUUUGCUGUGCUAGUAUAUUGCAAGCAAUUCGUGUUCAGCGCCAGGUCGUUGAAAGCAAUGCGCCUCCAAGAGAAGGGGUCGCCCAGCAGCUGCCACACUCUAGCCUUUCGGAAUUGCGUUCCCAAGGUUUGCCGGAAAUCCUGGGAGCACAUUUCGGCAAGGCCCCCACGUCGGCUUUGUGCUCUGGCCGGCAGUAGGUCUGAAGUCCUCGCGAAAAAUCAUCCGACGUCGGGGAGAUAAAGAAAUGCGCCCCUGGGAUUUUCGCCGCGUCGAGACCUGGGAUCAUAGUUCUGCAAAGCCCCCUCGUAAGAUGAUGUUGCGCGGGUUUUUCUGUGUUUCAAGGUCAGAACACAAACUCGAGUAGCACUCUCGUGCUCUGGCUUGCAGAACUGUGCUCCUAAGAUUUGCUGACAUCGAACUCAAGUCCGAUUUGUGGUUUGAUCGGCAAUGCCUACGCAGGUGAGUUACAGAUAUUGGCUCGCAGGAUUUCCGCCGCAUCGCGAAAUUCUUGACGCAGCGAAGAUCCUCGGAAAUAAUUUCUGUAAGUUACUUACCUGCGUAAGAUUUGUCUUCUCACUGGUAAUACCGAUCUGGGCACAAAUCUUAUGCAGGAAACUUACAGAGAUUAGUUCCCGGGAUUUGCGUGCUGCGUCUCCAAUCGCCUCACUUGGACACGAGGAUCAUCAGUGUGUCCAAGUGUGGCGAGAUCCGAGAUCAGGGUGUCCAAGUGUGUCCAAGUGUGUCCAAGCUCACAUCCGAGAACUUCGCGGAUGUGAGCUGUCAGAGAACUUUCACACGCAAAGUGCCAAAGUUUGCCCCCCUGCUCGUGAAAGUUCGAUCCACGUGUCCGAACGAGGCGAUUGUAGAAAAAAAGCGGAAAUCCUGGGAACCAAUUUCUGUAAGUCGCGUGCGUAGGAUUUGCACUCAGGUCGCGAUUACCGGUCGAAACGCAGAUCCUACGCAACCUACUUACUUACAGAAAUUAGUUCCCAGGAUCCCACAUCCGAGAAUUCCUCGGAUGUCAGCUCCCAUCCGGGAAGUUCGCGGAAGUGAGCUGCCAGAGACCUUUCACACGCAAAGGGCCGAACUUUGGCGCCCUGCUCGUGAAAGUUCGAUCCGCGUGUCCAAAUGAGGUGACUGCAGAAAAAACACGGAAAUCCUGGGAACUAAUUGCUGUAAGUCGCGUGCGUAGGGCGUGUAGUCAGACCGGGACUACCGGUCGAAACGUAGAGCCUGCGCACCUGCUUCAAAAUUUUUGAAAACCGAAGCUUUUAGGAACUGCUCUGGGAACUAAUUUCUGAAAGCUCUAACUUAAACCUGUACUUCGCAAACUUGGUGCAUCAAAAGGUGGGCACCACCACGUACGACGCGGCCAACAUUGGCGCGAGCGAUGAAUUCAUUUUCGGUUCCACCCUGCUGAUCGCGAACAUGAUUCAGCAGAGAAAAACCUUCGAGUCCUUCUACAACGUGUCCGAGACGUAUGGAUGUUGUGUGAGGAUUGAAAUCGACAAAGUUGAAAUUAUAACUUGUAAUUCAUAAAGUGAAUGAAAGUUGUAACCCAGAUUUUUCCAAGUGGCGCAUGACAAAUUUGGUUAGAUCCGAAAUCCAGUUUGUCAUGCUGUUUGGGUCGUAAGGAAGACGCCUUUUGUCAUGCUACUUUCGCGGCUCAGUUUCUACCCCUCAACAGGCUUACAAUCUGCCUCACUUGCCUACUCUGCAAGACAGGCGCUUUGUGGGCUGCAUUUCAUGCAUGACAAACUAUUUCAACUUUAACGAUUUCAAUCCUGACACUUCCAUAAUACGAACGCGAAAGCCGGAGUCGUGCAGGUCUCUUCGCGGAAGCGUUUCCUGCUGGAGAACGUAUCGAAGAAAAAAACAUUGUUAGUGUAACUUUGUGAAGAUGCGCAACAUGCAAGAUGGGCGACGUCUGUCAUGCUGGUCAUGCAUUGCAAGGUCCACCAUUCAAGCGCGUUUUGCCGUGCUAUCUGCGCAUGACAGGUUUUUGCUCUCAUGCCAAACGGAUUUGUAAUGCUGUUCUUCCAAAAAAGUUACACCUACAAGUUUUUUUCCUUGGAUAGAACGGUGUGAAGUCGGACUGUACUACAUUUUUGCACUGGCGCCGAUGCCUUGCCGGAACGGGUUUGGAGCAGCCCUAUGUGUCCGAGGUGGUGCUCGUUGGUGGAGGAGCGGCUCGCAUAUUGUGAGGAAAAAUCUCCCGCCCUCCCCAUAUCGAAAAAGAAAUUUCUGAUGCUGAUUUGUGGCCACAAAUCAGUUUUGUCUUGCGUACAAGGCUGCAAACGGCACCCAUGGGGCGCAUUGUCCAACGAGUCUGUCAUGCGUUUUCGCCUAUGUCAGACUUUUUUCUCAUGCUCAGCAGCUGCUCGGUCGCCGGAUGCGCUCCAAAAUGGGCUCAGAAUAUUAUGCCGACAAGCUCUUGCUGCAAUGCAAAGCGCAUUUGUGUAAGUACGCAAAUCCAGCAACACAAGUUGUCUUUUGAAUGUGGGGCCGCGGGGGCUUCUUUCACUUUGAUAUCGCACCGCGUGGCAGCACGCGCGUGGCAGCACAAGCGAAGAACCGCGGUCGAUCUGGGACAGAAUGA